AGUCUCCCCUCCGUUUCCUCACAGCCUCCUGUCCGCUCGUGUUGUUUUUUAAACCAUUCAUUCAUUAAAGAGUUUUAAUCACACACACUGAUAAGCACGAAAAAUCACUUUAAUUCCUAAAAUGAUCAAAACCCGCAAAGCGUCAUUGAAGGCGAAGCAGCUGGAUGUGACGGAUCUGUCCGAGGACAGCAGGGACAGCAUCCAAUCCAAGGGAUCCUGGAAGCCCGAUGUUUGCUUCAGGUCCAAAAACAUCCCAGAUGAGCUGGCGCAGGCCUUCAUGGACACAGACAGCGAGGGGGAAUUCCAGGGUUUCUCCAGGGAAGAGUGUGAUUGGAAAAAACCGAUGAGUGAGGGCUCUGACGAAGACAGUGACGACAACGGCUUUUAUUCUGAUGGGGAGGAACCAGCGUCUAAAAAGAAGCGCAGCUCUGGACUGUGCGUCGCAUUCAAGUUUCCUGCCAAAAAAAGCCCCGCCCCUAAACGGAACACGGCCAAAAAAGGCAACAAAGAGGCCACGCCCACAGCUCCACCCAUCAGCAGCAAGCCCGCAAGAGGAAACAGGAAGCGGCGUGAACCGGAACCAUCGAAAGAGCUUGUUUUAUGUGAGAGUAAACGUGCUGAGAGCCAAUCAAAACCCUCUGAUCACAUGACCAAUGUGGAGAGUCUACUGACAGACGAAGAGAUGCAGAUACUGAGCAAAAGGGCCAAAAAUAUUCAGGAAAAUAAAGCAAUGCUUGCAAAACUUUUCGCAGACUUGAGUUCUUUGCCUGAACUUCCUUCUAAAACGACACCUACAAAAAAAAAGAAGCCAUCCACCCCAAAACGUCGUUUUUCAGAGGUUCAGAGCGAGAGGCGGAACCCGGGCCGCAAGGCCAGACCCCCUGAGCAUUUUGGGAUAGAGACGGAGGACAAACCGGUCCCUCAGAAGAGACAGAGCGGCCAAAUCGACAUCAAGCGCCUGAUGGAGGUGAAGGAGGGUCUCGGAGACGUGCGGCCCAAGCAGAGGAAGCGGCGCUCUCGUGAGUCCAUCCGUAUGCCGGAGGACAUCACCGAAGAAGAGCUGGAGAACGUCGCAGAUCGCGCCAAAGACAAGAUCCUCGAUAAAGAAAAUGGCAGCACAUGUCACCAGUGUCGUCAGAAGACCCUCGACACCAAGACAGAAUGCAGGGGGAUGUACUGCCAGGGGGUCAAAGGUCAGUUCUGCGGCCCCUGUUUACGCAAUCGAUAUGGAGAAGACGUCCGCACGGCACUGCUGGAUCCUACGUGGGAGUGUCCCAUCUGUCGAGGAGUGUGUAACUGCAGUCUGUGCAGGAAGCGUGACGGACGCUGUGCCACCGGCGCUCUCACCAGACUGGCCAAAUUCUACGGACACGACAAUGUCAAGGAGUACUUGGAGAGUCUACAGAAGGAUGUCGAGUGAAGCCGGAUCGUGUGAAGGAGACGCACCUGUGUGGAAUCAAACUGAAUCUACUCCACAUGUUUUACUCCUGACACUUUUAAAGUUUAGCAUGGAAACACUGACGAUUUAACACCGUGUUCAGCACGGAUAUGCAAAUCAGUAGUUUCUCUUAUACUGAGUUUUUACUGAUUUUAUUUUUGUUUUUAUGAGUCAUACUGUACUGUUCUCUUGCAUAUUAAACAGAUAUCAUGAAAGUGUGUAACAGAUUACAGAACCUUCUCUUAUUUGCACAAUUUGUGUUUUUCUCUCUGAAAACUUUUUGGAAAUUAGAGUUUUAAUAAAGGUCCUUUUAUUUCACAUUUUA